AUGCCGGUGCUGCAGCCUCCCGGGGGCAGCAGCAGCAGCGUCGUGGGGAAGGGAGGAACCACCUGCUGCCACCGGCCCGAGCGCAGGAUUUCAGGGCUUAAAUUGAAGGAAAGCUCAGCUUUGGCAGCAUUUGAAGGGUUUAAAUCGGGCCGUGCUGACCCAGGCGAGCCGUGCGGAGUCAAGCGAGCCGAGCCGGGCCGUGCCGGGCCGGCGGGCGGGAGCCGCGGUUCGGAGCUCUCUGCCCGGCCCGGCGCUCCCCGCCCAGCGCGGGGCCGCCCCUGCCCGCCGGGGGAGGAGCGCGAUCGUUUCAGGAGGAGCAGCGGUUCUGGGGAUUUCUGUGCACGUUCUCUUUGGGGGGUCCCUUUCUGCGUGUCCCCGACGGGCGGGGAGCCCCGGGCCGGGCCGCGGUGCUGCAGCUCUGCCCCCGUGCCCGGCCCCAAGGGGCCCCGGGCUGGAAGCUGGUUCUUAGUGCCCGAGUGCAGUCACUGCCCGGGAGCUCCUGUUCGAUUCCGCGCUCCCGGCCGUGUCCGUGCGAUGGCCGGGUCGCCCGCGGGACUCGGCAGCAGGAAAACACCGAGCGCUGCGUGUUUAAAGGGAGCCGGCCCCGCUUGCCCGUGCGGCGCCUCGGCCCGGCCCGCGCCGCCCUCAGGGAGCCGAGCGGAGCUGCGGGAGCGCGGGGAGCGGCACCGAGUGCGGUUCGACCGUGUCGAGCUGUCCCGAAGAGCGGAAUCUAAGGCACUGCAUCCAGUAAUAGCCGAGCUGUGCCGGUUAGAUCCGAGUCCGAACCCAACCGCGUUUAGCCGACUGGAACGGAGUCGAACCGAACAAGCCCCGCCGAACCUCGCCGAGUUCGCCCGGUUUGGACCCUAUAGCCGCGGCCGAACCAAGGCUCUGCUGCAGGUGUAUUCGAGACAUCUUUCCUCUUUGUUUGACAGAAGGAAGAGGGAAAAAAAAAAAAAAAAAAAAAAAAGAGGAAGAAAAAACGGGAGCAGUUCCGGGGCGGUCCCGGGGCGGUCCCGGGGCGGUGUGCGCCGUCACUGCCGCCUUCUCGGCGGGCGAUUCCAAGGCGCUGUCGGGCUCGCUGCCGGCCCGUCGGCGGGCGGGCGGCCGGGACGCGAUGGCGCUGUGCCCGGAGCUGGAGCGCUCGCUGUCGCUGCUGCAGCCGGGCGCCGGCCGGGCCCGGCAGCAGCAGGAGCGGCGGGCGGACGCGGCCCCCACGCCCAUGGUGUUCAUGUGCGCCGGCUGCAGGCGCCCCGUGGGCGACACCCGCACCUGGGGUUCAGUGUCGAGGACAGCGGUCCCAUCCUGCUGCGCAGUGAGUACCAGCGCUGCCACCCCCGCGCCGCCGCGGUCGCUGCCGCCGUGCCUCCUUCCCUGCCUCCCGCCGCAGCUGCGGCCGCCAGCGUCGCCGUGGACCCGGGGCGGAAGGGCUCCGAGCUCCCCGGAGAGUGCGGAUGCAUGGUAGAAACCCUACUCUGCUCUGGCUGCUCCAGGACCCUUGGCAGCAGAUACAUGCACGCCUCAAGGCAUCUCGACUGCAAGAGGGAUUUGUUCUGUGUCCGUACUGACUCUGUUGAAAGCUGUAGGCCAGGAACCCUGGAAAAGCAAGCUCGCAUUCAUGAGGAGCUGCUUCCUCUUGAAAGUCCAGCUGUCUUGCAAGAGGUGCCGCACAGGGUAGGAAGAGUUGGGAGCGAACAGUCUGAGGAAGUGGACUGUGGAAGCUGAAGGUUGUCCAGCCAAAGCUGAGUGUGUGGCUCUGACACUGACCAAGGCUGGAAAGAGUUACUGUGUGGACAGAGAAUGUUAGAGCCGGGUGAGCUUUCACAGGAUGAAAGAAGCGAGGAGAGAAUCGAAUGGAAAGAAUUGCUGAGAUCAGGCAGCUGGCAAAAGAGGAGAGAGCCCCUGCGAGGCAGAGCCCCUGGAAUGCCCUGUCCCGGUCUGAGGUUCCCACUUUUCUCUCCAACUCCCGGAGAAUUGCUGGAGCAGAACCAGAG